AUGCAGCAGAAUCCCAAUGGCCGCCCGUGGCAGCAAACCAAAGCCGCCCUUCGGGUGGUGCCCGAGGAGCGGUUGAAGGAGAUCGAGGCCCAGAUCGCGGCGUUUGCAGUGGACGAGAGCCGGACUGAGCCGCUGGCCUUUCCGGCGUCCCUGCCCUCCCACGAGCGCAAGGUGGUCCAUCGCCUGGCCGAAGAGUACAACCUCUCCCACGAGAGCUUCGGCCUUGGCAAAGAGCGCCACAUCCAAGUGAGUAAGCAGCCCGACGUGAAGGAGCGAACGCUCGAGACCCUGAGCAUCUCAAUGAAGCGCCGCUUCGUAAAGGACUUUGAUAUUCCCAUCAAGUGUUUCGACCCCGAAGACUUUCGGUACUUCAUGGAUCUGUACGAUCGAGAGAUGCAAGCGCACGCGAAGCUGAAUGUCAUGCUCGAGGAGAUCAAGAACCAAGGCGGCGAGGCUGCGUUCCACAAGUUCUACUUCAACACCAAGGAGAAGAUCGUGCAGGCGCUCUCGUCGUCGGAGGCCUUCGCCAAGUUCGCCCGAGAUGACUCCUUCCUCGCGCCCGCCGAGCAGGAGAAAUUGCCCGCUUCGAUCUACGAGCCGUCAAAUGUGGGCAAGUACUACCUCUCACUCGACAUCCGAAGCGCCAACUUCAACGCCCUCCGCUUCUAUGACCCUUCGAUCGUUCACGGCUACGAGACGUGGGAGGACCUGCUCAAGGACCACUUCCACGUCACCAGCCCCUAUCUGCUGGCCGUCAAGGAGCUCCGCUCGGUGGUCUUCCACGACACGUGCCCGGUCAAGGUCAACGCAGUCAACCAUUGGCGCAUCUGCCGCCUCCACCGGUACCUCGACGAGCAAGGCGCUCUCAGUGGCCUCCGAAACGAAAGCGAAAGCGAAAACGAAGUAAACGAAGCAAAGAAUGAAGCGGAGCAAGGCCUGCGCUGCUACAACAACAAUGACGAGUUGCUGGUGGAGGCGGACGAUCUCGAUCAGCUGCGUCGGGUCGAGGCGGUUGUCACCGCCGCGAUCAAUUCGCAGGUCGAGAAGCAGCGCGAGGGCCAGGAGGACCCUCUGCUCAAGGGCCUCCCCAACAUCCUUCGCAUUCAAUGCUUCCGGCUGGGCGGUCUGCCGAACCCUGCCGAGGGCUUCAAGCACCUGACCCGCCGCAUGUUCGUCAAGGAGCUCCUCGGCCUCUCGUCCGGCGAUCAGCAGCCCACCGUCACGGCAGUCGAAUUCAAGGGCGUGCCGCCGACGCACUUUGCCGUAUGCUGGAAGCGAUACCACGGCGUCGAGGAGGUGAACGAACGGGACCUCAAGUUCUGGAACGAGUUCGCCGACGCCUACCAACACCUGGUCCUCCUUCCCGUGGCCGUGGGUGCGUCACAAUAA